UGUGAUGGAAUGAAAAUUAAGAUUUAAAUAUUUUUUAAAUAAUGGUUAUCAAGACAGAUUUGUGCUCCUUUAGUGAAUGGAGAAUCUACCCUGGACAUGGAAGAAGAUUCGUAGCCAAGGAUGGCAGACUCUUCUAUUACUUGAAUUAAAAGAGCAGAGCUUUUAGUGCAAGAAAAGUAUUCAAUCUCAUAAUAUAUAGAUUAAAUCUCAAGAAAUUCAAUGGACUGUUGCUUGGAGAAGAUUAAACAAAAAGAUUAAGACAGAUGAAGGAGCUAAGAAGAGAAGAAUCAGAAAUCUUAAAGUCUAAAGAGCUAUUGUUGGUAUUUCAUUGGAAGAAAUCAGAAGAAGAAGAAAGGAAGAUGACAGUAAUAAUAUACUCAUAAUCCUUAGAAACUAGAAAGGCAUAAGCUGAAUAAGCUGCAAGAGAAAUUAAAGACAGAAAACAAAAGCAAAUUGAAGCUCAAAAGAAGAAACCAGCUGCAGCAUAAAAAGUAGCACAAAAAGCUGAAGUCAAAGCUUAAUAAAAAGCAUAAAAAGGUGCUGCUAAAGCCAACAAAGGUAAAAAAUGAUUCUUACAGUAUAACAUCAAAUACAUAUAUAUAUUAAAUUAAUUUAUA